CUCCUAAAGACAGUGAGGUAAUGGAAAUUGUGAUAAUAGCUGAUCGGAGGCCUGCACCAGAAUUUCUCUCCUCGCAUGUUGCCAAGGGUACUCAGCAAGUGAAAGACGUAAUUGAAAGCACUUGGCAAAAUUUGGGGAAUGCGGUACUUAAGUCUAAAUUUCAAGAAAUUCGAGGAGCAAAACAUUUCAGCGACUCGCUUUUUAUACCAUCUCUGAAUCUGGGAUCCUCGUAUAUUGAUGUAAUUAUUAAUGGAGUUCAAGUUUCAAAGUUAGAUCAGUAUGCACUUAAAAAGACAGGAGACCAAAGAUUCUUAGAGGAAGCCGUUGUUGCAAAUAUAUACGGUGGAAAUUUCCAAUUGGAUAAGCUUAAUGGAAUUGACACUAACGAUUUUUUGCUGUUGACAGGAGAACAUAAUGUUACAGGAAAAUUGAAAUUUUCUGAUGUACACGUAGCAAACCUGGGAACCGAGAACCUGAACUAUAUUCCAGUCGAUCAUUUUGUCACUACAAAAUCACAUCAACAGAUUAUGGGUCUUAAAACCAUGCUUAUUCUCAAAGCAGACGUUAUUGAUGUACAUGAACAAACGAAUGGAGAAUACCUAAGCGAAAUUCAACACAAAAUCGUUAAGAUUGAUGGCGAUGAUAUUAAUGGCCAAGUGGAAUUUACGUCUGCUAUAGAGGUAACAGAUGUCUUUUUCUUGACUAAAUUAAUAAAUGGAGCCAUUGAUAUUUCCCACCUUGCUCGCGAAAGCGUUAUGAAGAAUACUGCUCAAGAUCUAAAAGGUCCUUUCAUUUCUACAGUACCGCAGUUCAUCCACGGUGAUGUGAAUAUUGCAGGAACAAUCAAUGAAAUUCCUCUAAAUCAAAUUAUGACCAUAUCUUCUAAACAGGUUGUUUAUGGUGACAUAGCAUUUACUUCACCUUUCGAAUUGUACAAUGAUCUUGUUGUAGACCAGAUAAAUGGGCUUGAUUUGAGUGAAGAUGCAAUUUUGAUAAUGAAAGAGAAUCAGUUCGUUGGCGGAACGAAAGUAUUUAUAGAUGAUCUCUAUGCUGACUUUAUUGAUAUGACAGAGUUUGUCACCUUAGAUGGUGUAGAUCCAUCUUUAUUACUACAAGGUAUAGUGAAGCAUGAACAAGGGGUUGUGAAACACGAUUCUACAGUUUUCGUCAAUGUUAUAGUGAAAGGAAAUUUAAGUGUUAGUGACGGAGUAAAUGGAAGGAAUGUCGUUGAUCUUGAGUCCACUGCUUGGAGGAAGUCUGUUGAGCAGACUAUAGAUGCAGAUUUCCAUAUGCAACAGAUGACCUGCAAGAAGGAUUUAGAGUCAAAUGUUGUAAACAGUUUGCACUUGACAGACAUCGCUAAAAGUUACGGAGACAAAACCAUAAAUUCUGUGAAGAACUUCUCCAGUGUAGUCUCGGUACCGCAGAAUUUCAAAGCCAAGGAUGGAGUUCUCAUAAAUGGACAGGAUCUAGUUUCGUUUAAGGGAGUGGUGGAAGACAAUACACACCAAAACAUUGUUCAUGGUACUAAAAUUUUGGAAUCCUUCGAUGUGAAAGGCAAUUUAAUGACAAAGGAUCUAAAUGGCUGGAAUUUGCCUGCAGAACUAAUGAAGCCUAAUACAUAUCAGGCAGUUGCAGGACCUGUGACAUUUCUGUCUGAACUGACCGUGCUUUCCGAUAGCCUGCAAGCAAACAUGGUUUCGUUUCAUACCUUAAACAGCUUGGACCUAGAAGAUUUCAUAAGACGUGCAGUUACCAAAGCAGAAAUUAAUUUCAUGUUACUGAAGAAUAAAAGGUUCGCCCAUCUGAAAGCUGAUCAUCUAACCCUGUACAACAGUACUCUCAACUCAGUAUAUCUGGCUGACAUGGUAAAACGGGUUGUCACUUUGAACACUCCACAGCGCAUACCUUCGCAUAAGUCUUUCCUCAGUUCUGUUGGCUUAGCAAAACCGAGCUUUGCCGUCGAUAUUAACGGCGUUGAAAUUUCCAGUUAUUCUACAAAUGUUGUCCUGAAGGAUAAGGCAGCUGUCAUAUCAGCCAGAAAACAUUUCAAAAGAAGUUUUCAGGUAGAUAACUUGUUAGUUGGAGGAUAUAUCAAUGGAAUAAAAGUUGAAGACAUGAAUAAAAAUGUGGUUUCAAAAUCGGGAGAUAAUGAAAUUGAUUCUAUAUUCUUUUUCAUGGACGAUAUAGAUGUUGGUAACUUGGUAACAGGAUCUUCGUUAGAUGAUGUAAACUGGAAUGAUUUGAUUUUCCUAAAUCAAAACGAAGUCUUGGGUCCCGCUUGGUUCCUGUCUGAUACUCACGCUACUGCCGAUGUAUUUAUAAAUGGAUUGCUGAAUGGUUGCGAUAUUACAGAACUUGGACGUCUAGCGCUGUAUGCGAAGAAGCCAUCUCAAAUAUUCAAAGAGGAAAUGAAAAUUGAAAGCAUAGAAGUUAUUGGGAAUGUUAAUAUUUGGAGCACUAUAAAUGGUAUAUCCAUUGAAAAUUUCAAGGAAAAGCUGAUCACUCUUUCUGGUGCACAAACAAUAGUAUCCAAUGCUUUUAUCGAUUCAACAUUUGCAGUGGCUAAUUUCCACAUUAGUGAUUUGUUAAAUUUUGUCAACUUGUCGCACAUAAUGAAAGAUGCUGUUAUGAAAUCUAUUCCUCAGGAAGUAAGUGGGCACAAACAAUUCAUCAGCUCCUUGAAAACGGAUAUCAUCGUUACCAACAAUGUGUUCUUGGAAAAGCUUAAUGGAAUUAAUAUAGAAGAACUGGAGAAAAUGGCUGUAUGGAAGACGAGUGAUCAAAUUAUUGAAGGAGAGAAAAUCUUUUCCUCAAUUUUCGCCCACGUGGCUACUUUUAAUGCUUAUCUUAACGGUCUUGUUUUACCCCGAGAUGUGGUUAAGACAGAUACUGCAGAAAUUAUUGCAAGUCCAGUAUUUUUCGUGGCAGAUUUAACACUUAAUGCAGAUCUCAUGGGCUACAGCAAAAUCGAUGGAGUGAACAUAGACGGUCUACAAAAAGAUCGAGUUACUUUGAGUGGAAAACGAAGCAUAUCUUCUUAUUUGAACUUCCGGCAAGACGUUGUAGUUUAUGAGGACGUAAGUGUCGAUGGCACUGUGAACGAAGUUGUUUUGGAAUUGGCUGUUAAAACGAAGAAUCAAGCUAUUUCUCUCGAAGGCUACAAGAUUUUUAUUCAAGAUUUUGAUGUUUCUGACUCUAUGACGGGUUCUCUAGUGAACGGUUAUGACACAAAUAGCUUGGGAUACAAUAUUUUACGGAAGAAUAAAGAAGAAUUUGUUAGUAAUUUGCAAGUUUUUGAAAAACGUGUGCACGCUGAGAAUUCCUUGAUUGCAGAGUGGAUUAAUAAUAUCUCAAUCUCUAAAUUAACUGCAAAAUUUUGGUCUGUUAUGUAUAGUUUGACAAACUCGCUGAGCUACUUUACUACGCUAAGUCAUUCAGUGCAGCAGCUACUCAGCAUUCAGAUGGAAAAAGCUACAAAUCAAGCAUCAAGAUUUGCUUACUUCAUACUUAUUCAAGAAAUCACUCUUGGACCAGUCAACAAAAUAAUGCAUGGGUACUCCGAACAAGUUAGCAGUGAUUUUUCUCAUACGGUGGUACUGUGGACAACUCGAAAGCAUUGCAAAUAUACAGGAAGAUGCUGUAAAGCAGACUUUUCGUUCUGGGGAAAGGUGAAGAAAUCUGGUGAAGUAAUGAUUGAUGGCGAUGCUCAACCCGGAAAAUAUUACCCUAUACAAAAUUUUGCUCCAUUUACUUUGGACAAAGGUUUCUUCAUAUGGACAAAUGCCACAGAUUUACAACCUAAAUGGUGCGAAGAUAAACAGGAUGAGAAAAUGAUUAUGGCUUCCUUUACUGAAUCCAGUUCCUUUAACACCUUAACGCUUAUACGAAAUGCGCCACUGCUUAGCGAAAUUAAGUCAUUCAGAUCUGGACAUCUGUAUGCUGUAGCUGGCUUUUACUAUGACAAAAUUGAUAAUGAAUACAGCAGUGCUGUAGUUUACGUCUUUGAUGAAAGACUGCGUGAAUGGUCGGAGCAACAAAUUUUGCCUACUUACGGUGUUCUUUCUUUGGAUGUUACAAAAUAUACAUACGAUAACACCCAAGUUAUUCUGUUGGCUGUCGGAACAGGAAUGGAUGCCUAUUCUUCAAUAUACAAAUGGAACGAAAACGAAAAAGCAUUUGAAGUGCUUCAAAACAUUCACUCUGGGUAUGUGACUAGUACUGUUUGGUUCCAAAAAGAAUCUAUACAGAUGCUCGGAAUGGCGGAAGUAGAUGCCUGGCCUAGAAAAGAAACGAAUUGUUUAGAAAUGGCCACGGGUGGCCAGAUUAACAUAUAUGUCUAUGAAAAUAGUUUAACAUGGAUACAAAGCAUUCCCCAUCGAGGUGUUAUAUCAAUGGUUUCAUUUUCUUUAGACGAUGAAACUUAUUUAGUAGCAGCAAGUAAUGAGCAGCAAGCAGUUUCCGUCUUUCAAUGGAAAGGAUAUUCCCGGUUUACUUUAGUACAGUCUAUUUUUGCUGCAGAAGUUAGACAUUUGAAUAUAUACAAUAUACACAAUGAACUUUUCAUGACAAUAGCUUCAGCUUUUGGACCAUCUAAAGUGCUUAAAAUACAGAUCCAAGGAAAAUACGAAAAAGGAAAAUCUUAUAAAAUUUCAUCUGAAAUAAAUGAAGAACCUAAGGAUGAAGCAAUCGCCGGUUGCUAACAUUUACAUAUAAGAAGCUCACUUUUUUAAAUAUUGUCAUUAGUUUAAAUUGAACUUUUACUUGUUACAUUAACUGCGUUUAAUAUUUUGUUAUAUUUUAUUGUCUAUUGCUUACUGUUUAGCAUUUAUAACUUUUAAAAGGUUUUCAAAUAUUAAUGAAACAAUAAAUUUUAAAUUUACUUGAAAUUACGAAGUCUGAAAUUAUAUUUUGUUCAGAAAUUAUUAGAUUAUAAUAAACAAAUUUU